AUGAGAGAAAAAGUCAUUACUAAUGUUUAUCACAAAUUAUCAUUGAUUGCUGCAGCCAAAGAAAACCGUCAUUUAGUUGAAACUCAUAUCAAAACAAUAAUUGAUAUGAUUGUUAGUGUAUCUCCUCACUUAGAUUCAUUAGAAAUUAGUAUAUUAUCUGCUUUGUAUGAUCUAUUUUUACCAAACAUAAAUUUACGAAUUUCGAUGCUUUUGUCAGAAUUUUUUCAACCUGAAUGCUCAGAAGCAUUGACAGUUGAAACACAUGAUCGUCUAGAUAUGACCCACGGUUAUGUAUGUUUUAGCAAACUUUUACAAAUGCAACAAAAACAUGAUGAAGCAUUAAAAUAUUCUCAUAAAUGUUUAAAAAUUCAGUUAAAUUUAGUACCAGAAAACCAUCCACAAUUAUCUGAAACCUAUGAAAUUAUUGGAGAUCAAUAUGUGCUUACAAAUAACCAGCAUAUCAAAGAUGAUUAA